AAUUUUAGGUUAAGGUGUGGGUUGGAUUUAACGAGCCAAAGCUCAUAACUGUACUUUGCAAUCUUUGCAUCAUCAUAAUUUUAAAUAAACAAUGAGACAAGAAAAACAGAAAAACAUCCUUUUAUUUUCCACAUUUACACGAAUUUUAUUAAUCGUAAAACCAAUUGACAAAACAUCUGGUGACGAGAUUUAUGUCCGAGUCGAAAACCGCAAUUUUACGUUUCAUAAACAAUAAAUUUGGCGAUAAACCGCAAAAUCAUCGUUUUGUAAAUGAUGUAAUUCCCCAUCGAAACACAACGAAAAUUUUCUUAUAUUGAGACGUCAAAGAUAAAUCAAUCCCUUAUUUCUCUCGUGACUCACGCUGUCAAUUCGUUUCACUUUGAAGGUGAAAAAACGCAAAACGAUUUUGACUUGAAUUUCCGCAACGAAAAAUCACAGUUUGCGAAACAUUGAAAGUGUUCAAAUGACUUUCUUGUAAAAAAAAAGACACCUGUCAAGGUGAUUUGAUUUUACCGUAAACUAGAUGAUGCGGCAAAAAUCAACUUCCGAACCUUGAUCGGUGACAAUUUCUUUGUUUCUUCAUCAUGCUAUUUGUAACUUUCCUGUGGAGCAAUCCGGACACGUGACCAAUCCCUUAUCAAUGGUUUAUUUACAACCGCGUAUUUUGUCAGUCGUUAUCCUAGUUGGCUAAGCUUCAGUCAUCCUCAAAACUCCGUGAUGCACACAUCCCUGAAUUUCAGGUAAUAAAUGGAUUCGGACGGCCAUUGGCUGAUCGGUGCAGGCCUGGUGACGUCAUCAAUCAUCGCCAUCACCGCCAAUGCAUUCCUACUUUUGAUUUUUUGUCGUCGAAGAGGCUUAAGGACCGUCCCCAACAGAUUUGUUAUCAACUUGCUGAUCACGAAUCUCCUAUCGAGUCUUCUACUGAUCCCUCUUCUGAUCGUCGACCAAUCGCAACCUUCUCCCCUCUCCCCGAACUCGACCAAUGAAAGUGUCGAAAUUUCAAAUUUGGUAAUUAUCGAGAAUUCCACAAAUCUCGAAAUAAUCGAAAGUCUACUAUCGACUGUCACUUAUUUCAACUCGACUCCGCCCCUCACCAAUCAACCAGUCUUGUGCUAUGUCGCCCAAGUAAGCACAAGUUUCGUCUGUACACUGUCCAUCUUCAGUAUUCUCCUCAUCGGAAUCAACCAGUACUUUGGUGUUAUCCACUCGCUACGCUACCACUUCUACAUCAACAAAUGCCGAUCGACUGUCUUCAUCCUUACUACGUGGUUGGGGGCGCUAGUGUUAAGUGUUUUAAGUAGUGUGACAGAAAGUGACAGUUUUUUGUGGCGUUUCUGUCGCGAUAGACCACCAAAUUCUCGGACAAUUCAAAUCCUGAAUACGAUUUACGCCGUUUCGUAUUGUCUUGCAGUGAUUUUGGUGCCGUUUAUCGCAAUUUGUGUCAUCUAUGUGUGCAUAUACACAGCGGCGCAUAAAAACAGUGAACGCAUGCGCAAAUCAACAUCAACCAAUCUUGAUUGUUGUUACAAAACGGACGAUCAAAGAGCGUCUUUGCCCAAAGUUCGAUCCGCACCUAACUUCAUGCGAUUUGAAGAAACUGCAGCAACAAAAAAAGUCACUAGAACGAGCAGCGAACGUGCUAGUAACAAUUUCAUAACCUCACUUAAACACAAAAUUUCAAACGCAUCGGUUUUUAAAUAUCGUGAAGAGACUCGAGCGGCAAAAAUCAGCGUUUUGGUGAUUUUUCUCGUCUUGUUUUGCUACGUCCCCUAUGGAGUGACACUAGUCCUAAAUUCGGGACUGGUAAACGUGGCAACAUCGCACAUUAUCAAUUUCAAUACUUUAAUCCUAUUGGUGGUUUCGAAUGUGAUUUCACCGUUCUUAUUCGGGUAUCGAAACAAGAGAGUGAAACGGGAGAUCGGGAAAGUGUUCGGAUUGGUUCCGGCGAAAGCCGAGCUGGCUGUUCAAAACCGACGAAGAUCCACGAAUGAUGAACCAAUGGCGGCGAGCAAGGAGCCUUUUUUAGGACCGAAUUGUACCGUACCCGAAGUGAUAGUCACGUGUAAAGUCGAGAACGAAAGAAAGAGUAUUUUAAAGCGGGUGUGUCAGAGUUCGAAUUGGACAAGUUACAAAAAAUGUAAUUUUAUUACAGUACCUGAAAGCUGUAUCAGCGGCGAGGCGAGAGGAUCCUUUUCCAGUGCCAGCACGCAAAUUUCUAAUGAAGACUGUUAGGGAGUUUAUCUAGUCGCGAUUUAAGUUGGCAGCAUUUUUACUAAGAGACUGAUAUGUUACUGGUGGCCAAAACUUAAGUAUUUUGUAAAAACUACAAUUAAGUUAUUAACGUGUAAAUUAUUGUAUUUAUAAAUUUUUGUAUUAGUAUAAGAGCUUCAAUAACAAAUAUUGAAAAAUA